AUGUCGAAUAACUCAGAUAAUAACAAUCCACAACCAAAUAUGCGUUCAGUAAAAUUACAAACAAAUUUAUGUAUAUCCCCAUCAUGUGAUUUAAUAAGUGAAAUUAUUUGUCGUCAUUGUUCACAGAAAUUUUGUAAAUUAUGUUUUAUGUGUCAUCGAAAAAAUAUUCUUGAUGAUAUGCGAUCAAUGUAUGAACAAAUGAUAAUAAAUCGUCGUAUAGGUACUGCUGAAGUUAUGACAUUUAUUGAUAAACAAGCAAAAGAUGCACAUGAACAAGCUAAAAAACUUAUUGAUGAUGCUAUUGAUCGAAUUGUUCAAGCAAGUAAAAAUAUCUAUACUUAUAUUGAAAAUCGUCGACAUGCUAAACUUGGUCGAUUAGAUGAAUGUUUAGAACAAUUUGAUAAAGAUUCUGUUUUGCUUGAAUCAAAAAUAAAAGAGGAGAUUUUUUUACCGGCUGAUAUUAUGUUAGAUUUACGUCAUAAAUAUGCAUAUAAUAUGUUUGAUAAAAUAGUUCCAAUAAUGGAAAAUAAAGCAAAUGAAAUACAACGUAAAAAUGAAAUAUUUUUUGAUGAUUAUCGACAUUAUAAAGAAUUAAUUAAUCUUCGACAAAAAUGGACAUUUUUUCAAGCUGCAUUAACAACAGUUUAUUAUCCGAUGAAAAAAGAUAUUUCUUUGGAUAAAAUUCUUACUUUUCUUGAAUAUCGUCAUGAUCGAGUAUUGGACAAUUAUCGAGAAUUUUUAUCAAAAAAUGAAGAUGCAAAAGAAUUAUCAUUAAAACCGGCUGAAGACUUGUUAAGUGAAUUAAGUUUUCUAUCAAAAAAGAAAUUAUCAACAGAAUCUGAUAAUUUUUGUUAUGUUGAUGAAUGUAUUAGUGAAAUUCAUAUUGAUGAACAACAACCUCAUCCGGAAUCAAUUGUUAAAAGUAGUGAAAUGAAAGAAGAAAUUGAAAUAAUACCAAAAACUGAUAGUGGUAAUUGUGAUGAUGAAACAAAUUCAAGUUUUAGUGGGAGUUGGCAAGUUGAAAAUGAAGAAGAAGAAGAAGAAGAUGAUGAUGAUGAUUAUAAUUAUGAUAUACGAUUUAUGAAACUUAGUCAAUCAAUGAAGGCGCUUGAAAACCAAUUUGAAUGUGAUUUUCGACUUGCUGUCAAUAAUGAUGAGACUAAUUAA